AUGCGACUCAAGGAACAAAACAGCUCGGAAAUCUCAUUGUUUCUCGAUGAUGCUGCCAGAAUUUUGCAAACGCACUUGCAAACCAUCAUCUUGGCACCCCUUCAGCUGUAUUCCUCGCUCCUUAUCUUCACACGCCAGAAAAGUAAGGUAAAAGCCUUUUUUGACGAGUCCAGAGAUAAAGCAAACUGGAUCUGCCUCGGGCCCCAGAUUCAAAACAACUAG